UACAGCAAACUGUUAUUGUUCAAAAGUUUGGAAAUUCCUUUUAACAUAUAUUAGAAAGACACGACAAAAAUAUUGCAUAAUUUUUCGGUUUUGGUUUUUUUUGGUGUAGGCUUUUACAUUAUAUGAGAAUUUUGUCGUUUGGUAUCGUUUGGUAUCAAGUACGCCCAUCAAUCAUAACUUAAUUUAGAUAACUUUCGGAGCCACAAGAAUGGGACGCAAAGAUUUCAUUCAGGACGUCAAAAUUCUUAAAGAACAUUUUCGUGGCCUUAACUCAAAAAGUGCUUCCUUAGUUCAAGGUUUUGAUUUUCAAGAUCCAGAAUUAAGCUUCAAGUUCGCAUAUAGGGCUGGAAAAUCAAUUACUGUUCAGAUUUUUGUGAAUGACUCGUCAUUACAGUCGUAUCCUACCAAAUUUAGCGCGUUCGUCUGUGUGGAUGCUGUAAGCGAAGAAGAAGCAAAUAUUGCCGCGAAAUGCCUAUCAAACGUAAACAUAGAAAACAAAACCGUUAGCGAAAUUGUUGCUACAAUUAUACCGAAACUAUGUGACCAUUUCCGAAUCGCUCUUCCUAAGGACCUUUCAAUGAAUGCACUAAGUAAAUUUAGUCGAGGAUCUUCUUCCGCUACUUCUAGCCAAGAAAAAGUUCAGGUCAAACCUAUUGUACCGGCUGUUCAAACUCCAGCUCAGUUUCUUAAUAGGGAUUUAGCUGAAUUGCAACAUUUUCGGUAUAAUGCCGAACUACUUUGUGCAGACGAAAUUGGGUUUAAGGUAGUUGUAUCAAUGCCGGUGACGCGGCUCGGUCUUAGUUUUGAGGCUUGCGAAGCUUGGAACCUUGAUCCUAAUCGUUAUUUGGUAUGCACUAUGCAAUUUUCACCUAGUUAUAUUGAUUUACAAGGUGUAAUCGCAAAUGCACUUCAAACCAAAGCCUAUCUUAUUAAAGAAGGUGGUACCUAUCAAGUGAUUAAAGAUUCAUUAAAAAAGCAGUUUCCCAUAACAUUUACAGUAUUAACAUCAUCAUUACCAAGAGGAAUACCAAGCCAAUCACAUCACAAAGAUGACACAUUGGAAAGUGAUCAUUUUGUGCUCUCCUGGACCUUGACCGAAUUAUUGCGACAAAAAUUCUUUGAUAUGUUGUGUGAUCGCAUGUGGUUUGGGAUAGGUUGGUCAGGUGCAGAAUAUGCUGACCUAAGAAGAAAUAAAGAGUUAGAAAUGGAUUUUCUCAAUACCGAACAAUCAAUAUAUAAUGGGCAAAUUGAUGAAUGUCUAAUAAAAGAUGAAGUACAUCAUGGAGUCUUGUGCUACCUUGAAUCCGAGGAUAUUGAAGUGUCAACAGCCCGGACGAAUAGAAAUUUUCUGUUAUUGGUUUUAAGAUUUUUACGUCGGAGGAUAUUACUUUCAACCCAAUAUUGUCUUACGUGUCACUACCCUCAUAUGGAAUCUUCUGUGUCAUCCAUCAGACCCUUUGUUUGCGGUUCGGCUUUAUGUCAACAUCAGGCACUCGUAGGAUUAGGGAAUCUCUUUGAAGCUGUGUUGGUGAAUAGUCCUGUAGUCGUUGAUCUGUUAAUAUCACUAUGUUAUGUAGCGAUUGGCGCACAAAACUUGAGCCCACACCCAAGUAAAGCAAUAGGAGUUACUACCACGACGAAAUAUGAAAUCCAAAACUCAUUAGUUGUUGAUUGGGACAACGAUAUAGGCACAGUUGGGACACGUACCGAGAGAGGUUAUACUGUAUACGGAUGGAAAGGUUUUGACGGUCAAGUUUUGGCCAAUGACAUGUUAGAAGUAUUUCAUCCGGAAACAGGUGUAUCCUUUCCUGUGAAUAGAUGCAGUCAUACCACGUCUGUGCGCGUUCUAGAAGUUUCAGCAAACACCUUGAUCAUCGAUUUUCCAAUUACUGUGUCUACUACAGUUGUACCCAAUCGCCAUGUAUAUUUACCAUUUCGCGUUUAUCGACGAAGUGAAAGAAAUUUUUUAAAUGAUAAUGAUACUCCAAAUUAUCAACUUCUAAACACUAUCAUCGAUAAAUUACCUUCAGUAAACACGAUGGUGCAAUAUGCAAAGAAAAAGAUAUUAAAAGCCGAACUUGACAAAUUAGAUCCAUUAUGCUUUCCUCUCUUGUCAUGGAUAAUUUCUUCUAACAGAACUCAUUUGCGUUUACUGGAAUCUGAGGACGAAAAGGUUCAAUUUGGUGAAAACGGUGCAAAUUAUGGUAAUUGGAAACAAUUCAUUAUGAUUAUGAGUUCACCUGAGAAAGAAGAAACUUUUCAAAGAGAAAAAGAAAAAUUGAAAAAUGAAAGAAGGGGUCAAACUUUAGGUGAACUGUUUGCUUUUCACGGCUCACCACUACAAAACUGGCAUUCAAUUAUUCGGACUUCUUUAAACUGGAAGAAGAUUGUACAUGGGCGCGCCUAUGGAGACGGUGUAUAUCAUUCUCUUCAGGCUCAAACAUCAUCAUCGUAUGCUGGAGCUUAUUAUCGUUAUGAUGCUGGUGUUUGGAAAAAUUCAAUGUUGGUUGUGCAAAAGUGUAUGGCUCUUAGCGAAAUUGUAAAUAGACCAACACAAUUCACCAGCACAAGCCCUCACUUGGUCGUCAAGGAUGAGGCAUGGAUUACAACACGUUAUCUUUUUGUUGAGUGUUUAAGGGAUCCAUUAGAUCCAACAAACGAAGAGGAGGAGGAUUGGUCAAAUAAUUACAAUAAUAAUAACAAUUAUAUACAAAAUAUUAAUAUGCCAACACUUACUUCGUCAUUAACGAAUUCAUUGACAUCCGUCCUGCGUCGUCCUAGAGAUAAUUCAGGGUUUAUAAAUUUGGAUAAUACUUUCUAUCCUGUAUGGCUUAAUAACCAUCCUUUGCAAAUUCCAAUAAGGGACUUCUCUAUCAUUAAUAACGAUAUACCUGACGAAAGCUCAAUCGGAGUUGGUCAAUUCCAUUAUGACCCGUCGGAUUCACAAAUUUUAAUCAAGGGAUCCUCCAGCUCGUCGAGCUUUAAUAAUAAUGGAUCAACAAUAUUUGAUACUAUUGAUGAAGAUACUAUGGAUGAAGACGAGGAUGCUGAGGAGGAUAUAGAUGGAAAUGAUAUUGAAGAUGACGAAGAAGAAGAAUUUGAAUACGAUGACAACUUUGAUGAUGGAUUUGAAUUCAAAGACACUGAAAAAAAUCAUGAAGAGGAAAUUGAUGACGAAGAUGAUGGCAUAGAUCUUACAUUACUACCUAUUCCUGCUGAAUCCUCCAAGGGAGCUACACAACGUAUUUGUAAAGAAUUAAGAACAAUAAUAAGCAGACAGUCGGAUCCAUCUAAUGAUUUGGGAUUCUUUGUCGAUACUAAUAGAUUACAAUCAGUAUACCAAUGGGUGGUUCAACUUAAUAAUUUUGAUUCUAAUCUACCACUUGCUCAAGAUAUGGCAAGAAACCGGGUAAAUUCCAUUGACCUGGAGGUUAGAUUUGCGCCUGACUAUCCUUUUGUACCACCAUACGUUCGUGUUAUUCGCCCCAGACUCUUAAGAUUUAUGGACGGGGGUGGUGGACACGUAACUGCUGGAGGAUCUAUUUGCAUGGAUCUUCUGACGCUUGGAAAUGAACGUGAACGCGGAUGGUCUUCUGUUUACACGAUGGAGGCUGUAUUACUACAGGUUAAGAUGGCAUUAAGUUCUCUAGAUCCAAAACCAGCAAGGCUUGAUCGUAACUGGAAUUGUGAAUAUAGCCCUAGUGAAGCUAUUGACGCAUAUAUAAGAGUCGCUAAUCAGCAUGGAUGGGCCGUACCACAAGGAUGGAGUUCUUUAUUCGGUCGUUAAAAGACAAAAAAAAACUAUUUAAUCUUAUGGUUAAUUAAUGAUUUGAAUUUGAUGUAUUCCUUAUUUUAUUUUAUUAUAUGCUUUUGCAUAAUUUACUGAGGUUAAUCAAACUAUUAUCUUUUUAUUGUUUAAGUGAUGAACAAAGUAGUGUAGAUAACGUCUUGAUUGAAUUUAUGUACAAUUUUAUUACGAUGCGAGCUUUAUUACUAUUUUGAUCAUGCCCAAUUUUUCAUACAUCUGCCUAACAAUUUAACAACUAAAUUAUAAUAACAAUUUAGACCAAUUGUAUAGCAGUAAUCAGCUGUUAAUCGGCUUUUUUCUAAAGAAAAAUAUAUCUCAACAAAAAUAAAUUGCUUUAUUUCAAAUAGUGUUUGUUAAACCAAUAGUAUUCCAAUUAAUACUGUAAUAAAUGUUUUAUAUAAUUUUUGAUUGCUU